CCUUUACUUUGUUACACACAUUUUCCUUCAAACAAAAUAAAACAUAAACCUUUAAAUAAAAAUGACGCAAAAUAUUAAAUCCAAAGUUUUGCCAACUCUUAUUUCAUCAACAAAUAAUCUUAUAGUUCUCAACCCAAAGAAUUCAAUUUUACCAAUCAAAUUUUUAAUUGAGUCAAGUUAAACAUUGUCAGCUCUUUUGACAUUCACAAAAAAAAAAAAAAAAAAAAAAAAAAAAAAAAAUUCAAUUGGGCUGGGCCGGGUUUGGUAAGACCCAACCCUUGAUUAACAUGAAGAGCCCUCAUUUCAUUUGAAUCUACGACUAUAGAAUAAAUAAAAUUCUGUGACCUCUUUCUCUCUCCCUUUUCCAGCUCUUCACACAUGUUCUCAUUUCUCUCUCUAAUUCUCCAACAAAAACUCCAUUAAAAUUCAAUCAAACAAAACUCAAACCCAGAAAAAUGUCUCGAAGACAAUCCCUCCAAAUCCUAAAAAAAUUCAUACCCUCCAUAACCCGAUGCAGUACCCGAUCCGUAACCUACAUGCCCCGACCCGGCGACGGUUCAACCCGAAAAGUGACCCUAAUUCCGGGCGACGGAAUCGGACCUUUAGUUACGGGUGCAGUCGAACAAGUAAUGGAUGCAAUGCACGCGCCAAUCGUGUUCGAGAAGUACGAUGUUCAUGGUGAUAUGAAGAAGAUUCCAGAAGGUGUUCUUGAAUCAAUUCGAGAAAAUAAGGUUUGCAUUAAAGGUGGGUUGAUGACACCUGUCGGUGGUGGGGUUAGUUCGUUGAAUGUUCAUUUGAGGAAGGAGCUUGAUCUUUACGCUUCAUUGGUUCAUUGUUUUAAUGUCAAAGGUAUUCAAACUAGACAUGAUAAUGUUGAUAUUGUUGUUAUUAGAGAGAAUUCUGAAGGGGAGUAUGCUGGGUUAGAGCAUGAGGUUGUUCCUGGUGUUGUUGAGAGUCUCAAGGUGAUAACAAAGUUCUGCUCUGAACGCAUUGCAAAAUAUGCAUUUGAAUAUGCUUACUUGAACAACAGAAAGAAAGUGACUGCUGUGCAUAAAGCCAACAUCAUGAAACUUGCAGACGGGCUUUUCUUAGAAUCUUGCCGGGAGAUUGCAGCACAGUACCCUACCAUUGAGUACAAUGAGAUUAUUGUAGACAACUGCUGCAUGCAGCUUGUGUCGAAGCCUGAGCAAUUUGAUGUGAUGGUUACACCAAACUUAUAUGGUAAUCUUGUGUCUAAUGUUGCUGCUGGUAUUGCUGGAGGAACUGGGGUCAUGCCGGGAGGUAAUGUCGGUCCUGAGCAUGCUGUAUUCGAGCAAGGUGCUUCAGCUGGAAAUGUUGGGAAGCUGGAAUUGGUGGAGCAAAAGAAGGCAAAUCCUGUUGCUCUGCUUCUCUCUUCAGCCAUGAUGUUGAGGCACCUUCAGUUCCCUUCGUUUGCAGAUCGAUUAGAGACUGCUGUGCAGCAUGUAAUCGAAGAGGGCAAGUACCGAACCAAGGAUCUUGGUGGUAAUAGUACUACUCAACAAGUUGUUGAUGCCGUUUUAGCCAAUCUGGAUUGAUGAUCUACUGACAUUUCCUUACCAUACUGCACAUUGUUUCGGUCGUUUCCUUGCAACAUAACAAGUGAUUCUUUUCGGGGAGAUAAUUCUCUCCUUGGCAGAGUUCCCUUUUUGAAACUUUUUUGGGUAUGGGAAAUUUUUUUUAACUUUCCUUUAUCAGCUACUGAAGUUUUGCGUUCUCUUAGAAUUGAGGAUUCAUUAAUACCAAAUCUUUGUUACGAUUACACUGAAACUACUUCAGUAAUAAAUUUUGAUUUUCAGUCUUUAUUUUAAA